AUGUCUUGGUGGGGUAAAUCUAAAGACCCCAAGCCGGAGGAGAAGAAGAACGAAGCAACUCAGAUCAAAGACACUAUUGUUGAGAAGCUUCCCUCAAAGGAACAGCUACCAGAGAGUGUUCAGAAAGCCGUCAACAAGACAGGAAGAGACGGAAAUGUCUUCGUCGACAUAACCGAUGGCUAUGGCCCCGACUCAACCGACACCAAUUUUCGAUAUGCUGCCUAUGCCACGCGAAUUAGGACAAUUCUUUUAUCUGCGCAUCGAUAUGUCGCCUACACUUCGGACAUUGGAGAGUCGUUCCGUCCCGUAGCUCACCCGAAUCUCGUUCGCGCCGCCUACGGUGUAUCUUGGCUGUAUCUUAUUGGCGAUGUCUCGUAUGAAGGUUACAAAGCAUACUGGCACAAUCAGCGUGUGUUGAACCCCAAAGUGCAACUCUCUCCUCGACAAGAGAAGGUUACUGGCCUUCCUGCCACCGAGACACGCCUGAUCGAGCCGGGUACGGUGCCACCGCUUGAAGACUAUCGCACUGUCAUGGUCCAGCGCGCAAUCUUCCAGAGUGUCGCCAGUAUGGGACUGCCUGCUUUCACUAUUCAUAGUGUUGUGAGGUAUUCUGGCCGCGCCAUGAAGAACAUGGAGAACCAGGUCAUCAGGACUUGGGCUCCAAUUGGUCUGGGCCUCGCAGUGGUUCCCUUCCUCCCAGCUAUGUUCGACGAGCCUGUCGAGAACGCUGUCGAGUGGGCAUUCCACAAAGGAUUCGAGACAUUCGGAGGUAAGGCCGCAGUCGGCAAUGCGCCCACGACGGGUCGCGAGGAUAUGCUGGCCAAGAGGCCAAAGGAGAAGGAACUGUAA